AUGGAGGAAAUGGAUCUGGAUGCACCUGCGGGUAGGAAACGCAAGGCAGAUGACAUUCCGGACGAUCCUCGGCCCGCUCGGCGAAUUAAGGCGUUGGAUCCAGACGUCGUGAAUAAGAUUGCAGCCGGCGAGAUUAUCGUCGCCCCUGUGCACGCUCUCAAAGAACUCGUCGAGAAUGCUGUGGAUGCCGGCUCUACGGCGUUGGAAAUCCUCGUUAAAGAUGGCGGGCUGAAGCUCCUCCAGAUCACAGAUAAUGGCUGUGGGAUUGAGAAGGAGGAUCUGGCUAUCCUCUGUGAACGCCACACUACAUCCAAAAUCACAGCAUUCGAGGACUUGUCAUCCAUUGGUACUUAUGGCUUCCGCGGAGAGGCCCUUGCUAGUAUAAGCCAUAUUGCCCAUCUAUCAGUUACCACCAAGACAAAAGAUUCACCAUUGGCAUGGCGCGCACAUUAUCUAGAUGGCAAGAUGGUUGCUCCCAAACCUGGCCAGCCCGCGGAGCCCAAGGGAGUCGCAGGUCGACCAGGGACUCAAAUCACAGUGGAGGACUUGUUCUUCAGUAUCCCAACUCGAAGAAGAGCCUUCAGAUCCUAUUCUGAUGAAUUCAACAAAAUCAUCGACAUGGUUGGCCGCUAUUCGAUCCACUGUCAAGGCGUCGGUUUUACUUGCAAAAAGGCUGGUGAAUCUUCCAACACCUUGUCAAUCCAAAGCCAAGCUACUACGCUGGAUAGAGUGCGUCAGAUAUAUGGCAGCAGCGUCGCCAAUGAGUUGGUCGAUUUUUCUGCAUCCGAUGCACGCUGGGGCUUCAAAGCUCACGUCCUGGCGACCAACGCAAAUUAUCAUAUCAAAAAGACGACGUUUCUCCUCUUCAUAAACAACCGGAGCGUCGAGUCUGCAAAUGUCAAAAAGGCAAUCGAACAGACCUAUUUGAAUUUUCUGCCAAAGGGUGGCCACCCUUUUGUCUAUCUUAGUUUGGAAAUCGAUCCUGCACGAGUCGAUGUCAAUGUUCACCCAACAAAACGGGAGGUUCAUUUCCUGAAUGAGGAUGAAAUCCUCCACGCAGUUUGCACCGAGCUGGAGUCACGUUUAGCACAUGUCGAUACUAGCCGAACCUUUAAGACACAAACAUUGCUUCCCGGAGCAAAACCCGUACCCGAAUCCAUGGACGAGGAUCAGUCAUCUCCGAGAAUCAUGGUGACGGGUAAGAGAAGGCGUAAUUCAAACGAUUUGGUCCGAACUGAUACGUAUGCACGCAAAAUUACUACCAUGCUCUCCCACGCUGAUAGUGGUGAGGGAUCCAAGGCAAAGACGUCCAAAGAGGAAGAGCCACUGGCGGUACCGGAAAAUAUUGAAUACGAAACGAAUGACCGAGAGAUGACUGCGUGCCGGCUAAAAAGUAUAAAGGAACUGCGCAGCGAAGUACGGGACAACAUACAUCACGAUUUAACUGAAAUCUUUGCAUCACAUACAUUUGUUGGCAUAGUAGACGAUAGUCGAAGGCUGGCAGCUAUUCAGAGCGGUGUCAGACUAUACCUGGUAGACUACGGCCACACAUGUUUUGAAUAUUUUUACCAGCUGGGACUUACAGAUUUUGGGAAUUUUGGCGUUAUUCGAUUUAGUCCUCCCUUGGGACUUAGAGACAUGCUGCAAAUGGCAGCUGAGACCGAAAAGAAAGUCCUAGGGGCAGCUGACCAUGAUUUCCCCGUGGAGAAGAUUGUUGAUAAAGUUGCCAAUCAGCUCAUUGAGCGCAGGGAAAUGCUUCACGAGUACUUUUCUCUUGAAGUGUCGCCAACAGGCGAGUUGAUUUCUAUUCCGUUGAUGUUGAAGGGUUACACGCCCCCACUGUCGAAGCUCCCUCGGUUCCUGCUACGACUCGGUCCCAAUGUCAACUGGAACGAUGAAAAGGAGUGUUUUGAUUCUUUUACGCGAGAGCUGGCCACAUUUUACGUGCCGGAGCAGUUACCUACCCCGCCAGCUCCGGGUGGGGGUGAGGAAGAGGAGGAAAUCCCCGAAGAGAUGAGGACGAGAAGGCAGCAUGUCAGAUGGGCAGUAGAGCAUAUAUUCUUUCCGGCGUUCAAAACAAAGCUGGUGGCGACAAAGGCGCUCAUGGACGGGGGCAUCUUGGAGGUUGCGAGCUUGAAAGGGUUAUACAAGGUGUUUGAGCGGUGCUGA